GCGUCAAACAGCCACUUCUUCAGGUAAACUCCUCUCUGACUUCAUCUCUCAUCAGGUUUUCAGUUAAAGAAACUCCACAAUGACUCCAAAUGUUUUCUGCCUGCUCUUUCUUUUGAUGGCCGACAUGUCUCUGAGCACACCAGCUAAAAAUCAGGAUCCAUUUGAUAAGUCUGACAACAUCCUCAAAGUCAUCCCAAGACCCAAAGCUCCAUUUCUUCCAGAACCAUUCAUACUGCAAGGCGACGUCGCAGUUCCUAAAGCUACCAGCAGGAAUGCAAACUUGUGUUCUCUGAAAGGCUGCAAGUGGCCCAAACGUGGAUCCUACGUCCGUGUGCCCUACUACAUCUCUACUAGCUACACUCAAAACGAACGGAACGUCAUUCUUAGAGGACUCAAGAGCUUUGAGCUGACCACCUGCAUUCGCUUCGUCCCGUACAGGAACAACGAUCGGAGCUACAUCCACUUUGAAUCAAAGGAGGGGUGUUGGUCCUACAUAGGACGUCAGAAGAGAGGACAGUUCAUCUCCCUGGAUAAAGACAGCUGCUUGUCCCACCGCACGGUUCAGCAUGAGGUUCUUCACGCUCUGGGUUUCCACCAUGAGCAGGUCCGCUCUGACAGAGACCGUUACGUUUUGAUUAAUCCCCAAAACAUCAAGCCAGGAAAAGAGAACAAUUUCCAAAAAAAAGUGACCAACAACUUGGGAAUUCCUUACGACUUCACCUCCAUCAUGCAGUACGGAAAAUAUGCAUUCUCCAAAAAUGGGUUGCCUACCAUCGUUGCCAAGUCCGAUCCUAACUGGAACUGGGGGCGAGCCACUCAGAUGAGCGUCUACGACAUCGCCCGCGUCAACACGCUUUACAAAUGCAAAUAAAAUGUCUUGAAGAGAUCAGCUCAACAACAGCCAACAUCCAAGAAUCUUUGUGCUGCAAGAAUAUUUUCUAAUCUAUUAAAUAAAAAAAUAUUUUUUUUUUCACCAUGACCAGAUGAUCUUUUUAAAAAGAUCACCUGGAGACACCUGCUGGUCAAAGGCUGCAUUGCAACUCCUGUUGAUGGGAGGUUUCUCACAAAGAUUCAUAAAUAGCUUUGAUUUGAAUUUACUUUUUGCUUUUUACUUUGCAGAAAGGCUGGAAUGAAAUCAUGGCUUUGGUUAUAACUGUAUGUGUUUUUAUUGACGGGCAUAUUAUCUCCAUUACAGAAUUAAAGGCUUCUAAAGAUGGAUCAAAUGAAUCCAUUUUUGCUGGUUGUUUUUUAAGCUGUCAGUUGAAUAAAGUUCAACAUUUAUGUUGA